CCGUUGCCAUCGCGUGUCUUCAAGCGGAUGCUAAUAUCGUCGUAGACGGCGCGCUUGGACCGAUGUGACCCGAAGUUACGUCGACAGCAGCACGCGAUCAUGCCGCCGAAGAAAAGCGCCGGUGCCGCGAAAACCAGCAAGGGUAACAAGGCAUCCUCGGAGGAGAGCGGCGGUGGGAAGACGGAGAAGAAAGGAGGGUCCUCGGUGAAGGUCAGGCAUAUCCUCUGCGAGAAGCAAUCCAAGAUAUUGGAGGCGCUGGAGAAGUUAAAGGCUGGACAGAAGUUCAACGAGGUAGCCGCGACGUACAGUGAGGAUAAGGCCAGAUCUGGGGGAGAUCUCGGUUGGAUGACGCGAGGUUCCAUGGUGGGACCUUUCCAAGAUGCUGCCUUUGCGUUACCAAUUUCUAGCCUAGCAUCUCCUGUUUACACAGAUCCACCAGUCAAAACAAAAUUCGGGUAUCACAUCAUAAUGGUGGAAGGUAAAAAGUAAUUCCAAGGUAGUUGCGCAAACUUUUUCUAAACACUUUUGUGAAACUGUUAUACAAUUGAUUAAGAAAAAAAUAUAUAUAUAUCAUUUAGGUACUGAUUUGUUUAACAUCUGUGAUAUCUAUUGCAUUUAUUAAACUUUUGUAUAUAUUGCAUUUUUACGCGAAAACAAUUAGACUGCACAUAGGGAAUUUAACAAUAUUUGUCUAAAUUGCUGCACAGUAAGCAAAAUAAUGUUUUUCAACAAUAAAUAAAUAUGUCGAGUUA